AUGAUAUCAAAACGCCGUGCCUAUUAUCGUGCUAAUCGAAAAGAAUUGAAUAAUACUGACGAUUUUGAACAAACAUAUAAAUCCAGCGAAGCUAUCCGAUGGUACUCAAAAGAUGCAUUUAUUUAUCGUCUUGUUAAUAAAGCAUUACGUAUAGAAGACGUUGAAGCAUUAUAUUCUUUAAAAUAUUAUACUGCUGAUUUGUGUUUACAACUUGCAUUGAAACACAAAGAAUUUAUAAAAUCAUCAUCAUCACUGACCAGCUUAACAUUGUAUCGUGGCCUUAAAGCAUCGAAAAAUGAAAUUCAAACAUAUAAGAAUAAUAUUGGCAAUCUCAUAUCAACAAAUGGAUUUCUGUCGACAAGUGUCCUAAGGAAAGUGGCAUAUGAUUUUGCUAAAAACCGUCGAAACGCCCCAAGAGCUUAA